AAAAGAGAACUUUUGGGCCCCAAUAGUGAGGUCUUCCAACUAUAUAAACCUCCUCAAACCAUUCAUCAAAAUUACCACCUCCAGCACACCAUUUCUUGAGCUUCAAGUUUACUUGUAGCUGAGAAGCUCAUUUCUUCAAAUACUUCAUUUUUUAGAUUUCUCAGACAGAAAAUGAGCAGGGAAGGAGAUUGGAUGUGUGCUGCAUGCCAGCACUUAAACUUCAAGAAACGGGACGCAUGCCAACGAUGCAGCUGCCCUAAAUAUGCAACACCGGCUGAUGUUGCCAUGUACGGACUAAACAAAACAGAAGUCAUGGCCGGAGACUGGUAUUGCAGUGCCAUGAACUGUGGUUCUCACAACUAUGCAAGCAGAACAAGCUGCCAUCGAUGCGGUGCCUCAAAAAGUGAUUAUUAUGGUAUUGGGGCAGGUUAUGGAUAUGAUGCUAGUGCUCUUCCUGGUUGGAAGAGUGGUGAUUGGAUUUGCAACAGAAUAGGAUGUGGUAUGCACAACUAUGCCAGUAGACCAGAAUGCUAUAAAUGCAAGACACCUAGGGAUUUUGGAAGAGAAAGUGAGUUGUAUUGAGGGAUGCGGCGAUACUAAGUUUUUAUUUAAGAUUUAACCUUCAAAGACCCUUCUGUUUUUCUGUUCUCAUUUUCUUUUCUUCUUUCUUUAGAUUAGUUUCUCAAAGAAGGGUUUAGUUUCUAACUGCAUUGUAACUGUGCAAGUGUUCUAAUGAAUGAAAUCCCUUGACAUUUUGCAUUC